GCGGACGUUGAAGACCAACUGUCUGCUUCGGCGCCCGUGCGAUAUCGCUCGUCGAGGACAGAGCGGCAGCAAUGAAGCGGCUUUGGAAGAGCUGCGCGGUCGAGAAGAGCGAGUCCCGUGCCGCGUUCCCGGCCCGAGGACGAGCGGCCCGGUCUGACCCGGCGGAGCGCCGUGCAUCGCACGUGACGCCGCGGGGCCCAGCCGCGGUCCAAGUCAACCAAUCUCCAUCUUCUUCCGAGUCUACGGGCCACACCGCGACGAGCAUCGAGAGCGAGCCGGUCACUGAAUCCACCACAGGCAGCACGACCCUCGGUUCCAGCGCGUACGAAAGCUCGGCGACAUCGCUAGGAGCCAACUGCCGCACGGGUCGCAGUGCGAAAAGGCCGAGUGGAGGCCGCCGCAGCCAGGGAUUCAAGUCGUGGUGGCGGGCGCACCGCGACAAUGUGUUGGUGGCGAUGCUCGGGCUGUUCAUCGUCGCCUGCAUCGUGGCCACCGCGGUGGACCAUUGGCUUUCCGUUCAAGCCAGCGUGACGACCACACCUGGGGCUGCCUCGGAGCUGAAGGCAGCCCGAGCUUUGGACGCGCCAGCCACCCUGGUUGGCGCUGCUACCAAGGCGAGAACGAAGACAGGGACAAUGGCCUUCGCCCCAACGAAACUGUCGACCAAGGGAUGGGAUCGCUACCAUGCGCCCGCGUCGACGCCGGUAUCCUCUUUCGGGGCAGAAGCAAGCAGCGAACCAGGAGACAUUAGCAGUGAGCCUUACACCGAAACGGCUGAAUCGACGACUGUGAGCACGCGUUCGACGAGGGCAGCCGCGGUGCAGAGACGGCGACGCCGGCAGCGGCGAACCCGGGCCUCGACCACGAGACUGCGAGCCCUGGAGUCUUGGCGCCGGGACGCCGUCGUCAAGGGCGGCAGAGAUGGCCGAAAAGUGCACGUGGCGCGCCGUCCGCACGUUAGCGCACCCCGUGGCCCGGUCAGCACUGCGACACACCCGCCGCAACAGAAGAAUGGCCGUUGUGGCACAGUCCGAUACACCUUCUGUCCCCGGCUGCGACGCGAGGCGUUCUACGACUGGGAGAUGGGAGACUGCGUCGCGGUCACCACCGCCGCCGAGCAGGAUGCGGAACAGGAAGUGGCUGCACGGGCGGCAGCUCGGCGCGGAGGCCGCCGUGUCAGGGACGAGACGCCGCUGUGCAACAGCAGCCCUAACCGCUUCUCGUCGAUGGACAGCUGCCGCCAGAACUGCCUGCGAAGCGAGCUGCCCGCUGAGCGGUGCUUCGACAAGACCAUCUUCUCCGAGUGCCGCAGCGAACACGUGCGGUCCACGUGGUGGUUCUUCGACGGCCGCCGUUGCCGCAUGUGGCGCUUCCCGGCCGGCCGAUGUCCCGACGCCAGCGCCUUCCGCACGCGGAGCCAGUGCGCCCGCGUGUGCCCAUCCUCUCUCGAGAAGCAGCACCAGCCGGGUCAUCGCUGUGGCCCACCCCGGUCACAGCCGUGCAGCGAGCCCCACCUGCGGUUUCCCUUUUUCGCCGACGUGUCCUCGAGCGAUGGCCGCGUGCGCUGCCUGAGGGCGUCGCAGGCGACGCUCGUCGGUCGCCGCUGCCUGGUGGCGCCGAACCGCUUCUCGGGGGUGGCCCAGUGCCGCGCGGCGUGCGUCUGGCCCGCUGCUGCGGCUCGCCGCCCGAGUGGUCGCGAGGAGGAGGCCGCGCAAGGGAGGCCGCGCAGCCGUCGACGCGCGCACGCGCCAUCUUUUAACGUUUCGAAAAUAUCCGUACAUUAAAAAGGGCCCCAACACCUUUGCUGUU